GCUGUCCAAUGUGUGUGAAACUGGAUGAGACAAGGGCUCUAUCAGGAGCCUUUGUGCAGAUAUACCUGCAAUUACUGAAGAGGACCUCUGAGCAGGUUCACACGGCACUUGGCAGGGUGGAGUUUCUUGACCCAUGGAGAAUUACUUCCAGGCUGAGGCCUUUAACCUGGACAAGGUGCUGGACGAGUUUGAACAGAACGAAGAUGAAACGGACACGCCGACUCUCUCGGAUGCCAAGUGGACCCAGAUUCUCGCCCCACCAUCGCACCUCCUUUCCCUGAAUCCGGCACUGACCCACUCCGACCUCAGCCCAAGGGACAGCCCUAUCAGCUUCAAGCCGCUUCUAGACGCCCAGACGUCAGAUGGCCCCUCUUUGGCUGAGGUCACCAGGUUAGAAGGGAAACCGGGGGUGGGGCAACAGCCAGAGGGCAGGAGUGAAGAACGGCCAGCAGAUGUUCACAGUCCUCCUCUGCCCCAGCCCAACAUUGGCAAGCUGGUGAGCACUGAUGGGCAGUUGCCAGAGUUGCCGUCCUCGAACAGAGUGGUGCUGGAAAACGGUUAUCCAUCUAGUCCUGAUCUUAGCGGCGAUGAUGAGACAAGCUAUACUGUUACAGAUGAGCAAAGUGUAAAGGACACUGGCCCCAGUGAGUUUAAGACGGAGCAGAAUGGUAUUGACGAGGGAAGUGGUGGUGGUCUUCAAGAUUUCACUGUUCUCGACAAACAGUGUGGGAAUGGGCCACCAGUUUUGAAUAAUGGUGUUAAGAUGGAGGCAAUGAGGGACGGAAUGAGGGACUGUAAUCUGGUAUUUCCAGAAGGAAGCAAUCCCCAGAAAGGGGAAGCAGUUUUGCACAAAUCAGUGAAUGGUGGCGGAGAACUGGAUUGUGAGCGGGAGAAUCAUGAGGGUGCCUUUCAAAAUGGAGGACUGGUUGAGAAUGAAAGUGCAGGGAAAGACACCUGGGCGUCAAAUCAGGAAGAGAAAGAGAAAACCAUAGAGAGCGACCACGAGGGAAUGCACAGAGUGUUUGAAUCAUCCAAUGGUCUGACUGUGGAUCAUGGUGGAGAUGCACAAAGACAGCCAGCGGUCCCUUCAAAGGAGGACUCUGUGAUGGAGGAAAAAGAAAUGGAGGAAAGCAAACAAGAGGUUUGUGAUCCAGUUCGAGGACUGGAAUCUGGCAGAAUGGGCAAACUCAACAACAGCCGUCUGCAGCCUGUCAGCGUUCCUUACGGUGGUGCCCGCCCGAAACAGCCUGUCAGUCUAAAGCUGCAGAUUCCCCAGCCUUUCUCGAGCCAAGUCCAGAAUGAAUUUGGCUCCACUGGCAAGAACAAAAACCUGGAGCCACAGAGUAGAACAGGAGGCCUUGAGGAGCCUUGUGGAGCAACUGAGUCUGGGGUCGUUCGAAUGAAUGGAGAGCAUGGAGAUAGCUCUUCAGGCUUACUCAUCCCUUCAGACAGUCCAGACAAUGACCUUCAGGCAGGACAGCAAUUGAAGAAACCCUUCAGCUCUUUGGGGGAAGUGGCUCCUGUUUGGGUUCCUGACUCUCAAGCACCCAUUUGCAUGAAGUGCAAGGUCAAGUUCACCUUCACUAAAAGAAGGCAUCAUUGUCGGGCUUGUGGCAAGGUGUUCUGUGCUGCUUGUUGUAGUCUGAAAAGCAGGCUGAUGUACAUGGACAGGAAAGAAGCGAGGGUUUGUGUUACCUGCCACCGUGCACUUAUGAAUGCUCAAGCAUGGGAGAACAUGGGAGGUGGUUGCAACCAGAGCCCAAAUCCCAACAACCCAGCUGAGUACUGCUCCACUAUUCCCCCUCUGCAGCAAGCCCAGGCAUCAGGAGCAAUCAGCUCCCCACCCCCAACUGUCAUGGUGCCUGUUGGUGUCCUCAAACAGCCAGGGUCUGAAGGUUCUCUUCCUCGAGAGCAAAGAAGGGUUUGGUUUGCUGACGGCAUUUUACCCAAUGGGGAAACUACAGACUCUUCUAAAGGGCCAGCAGGAAACCCCAACCCCACACAGCCUGUGGCAGCAUCGCAAAAUUCAAACAAAUCCUCAGGAGCCAAUGCUUCUGCGGCGGCCCGUGCCACUGGAGCCCCGACCGCCAGCCCUGUGGGCAGCUCUCUCAGUCUGAUCCCAGAGGACGGACUUCCUCCCAUCCUCAUCUCCACAGGCAUCAAAGGAGGUACGGGAGGCCACAUCACAGACUAUGCUGUGGAGGAAAGACCUUCUGAGAUUGUGCUGAUGCAGCAGCUUGAGGAGGGCGGACCUGAUCCCCUGGUGUUUGUUCUCAAUGCCAACCUGCUGGCCAUGGUCAAACUGGUCAAUUAUGUAAAUAGGAAGUGCUGGUAUAUUAUGACAAAGGGCAUGCAUGCCGUGGGCCAGGCAGAGGUUGUAGUGCUUCUACAGUGCCUCCCUGACGAGAAAACCAUUCCCAAGAACGUCUUCAGCCACUUCGUCCAGCUGUACCGGGAGGCUCUCACAGGUAAUGUGUUAAGUCACCUGGGCCACUCCUUCUUCACUCAGAGCUUCCUGGGCAGCAAGGAGCACGGCGGCUUCCUUUAUAUCAGCCCCACGUUCCAGACCCUGCAGGAACUGCCGUUGCCUAACCCACCCUACCUCUUUGGCAUCCUGGUGCAGAAGUGGGAGACCCCCUGGGCCAAGGUCUUUCCCAUCCGACUCAUGCUCCGCCUGGGGGCGGAAUACCGAUUCUACCCCUGCCCACUAUUUAGCGUUCGCUUCAGAAAACCCCUCUUUGGAGAGACUGGUCAUACCAUUAUGAACUUAUUGUCAGAUUUCCGUAAUUACCAAUACACGUUGCCGGUGGUGAAGGGGCUGGUGGUGGACAUGGAAGUGAGGAAGACUUGCAUCAAGAUACCGAGCAACCAUUACAAUGAGCUCAUGAAGGCAAUGAAUAAGUCCAACGAGCAUGUGCUGGCAAUGGGAGCGUGCUUCAACGAGCGAGCGGAUUCCCAUCUUGUCUGUGUUCAGAAUGACGAUGGGAACUACCAGACGCAGGCUAUCAGUAUUCAUCACCAGCCUCGCAAAGUGACUGGGGCCUCCUUCUUUGUGUUCAGCGGGGCUUUAAAGGCUUCAUCGGGCUACUUGGCUAAGACCAGCAUUGUGGAAGAUGGCGUGAUGGUGCAGAUUACAGCUGAAAUGAUGGAGGCCUUACGGCAAGCCCUGAGAGAGAUGAAAGAUUUCAGUAUUGCCUGUGGGAAAGCUGAUCAGGAGGAGAACCAGGAGCAUGUCCAUAUCCAGUGGGUUGAUGAUGACCACAACGUCAACAAGGGAGUGAUCAGCUCCGUUGAUGGGAAAUCCAUGGAGUCUGUCACCAGCGUUAAGAUCUUCCAUGGCUCGGAAUAUAAAGCCAAUGGGAAAGUCAUCCGUUGGACAGAGGUGUUCUUCCUGCGGAGCGAGGACCAGACCAAUGGCCUGAGCGAUCCUGCGGACCACAGCCGCCUCGCUGAGAAUGUGGCAAGGGCUUUCUGCGUGGCCCUGUGCCCUCACCUCAAACUUCUCAAAGAGGACGGCAUGGCCAAACUGGGCCUGCGGGUCACGUUGGACUCAGAUCAGGUGGGCUACCUAGCAGGUAGUAACGGUCAGCCGCUGCUCCCCCAGUACCUGAGCGAUCUAGACAGUGCCCUCAUCCCAGUUAUCCACAGUGGGGCCUGCCAGCUAAGUGAAGGGCCUGUGGUGAUGGAGCUCAUCUUCUACAUCCUGGAGAUCAUCUCCUAAAACGAGGGAAUCUGUCCAGUCUCCGACUCAUGCCUCCCACCAGCUCGAGUCCCUCUUCGCUGUCUUUCUCUCUCAUUUGCACUUCAAAGAGCCUGAAAGCUGUGCAGGAACAAGUCCUCCAUACCACCUAUGCACCAUCUCCACUGGGAUCCCCUCUGCCCAGCCCUGCUGAAUGUGGUGCUCUCUUUCGUUUCUCCACACCUCUCAACUCCACUGUGGAAACCAUAGGCCCUGUUGAGUCAAAAGGGGUGGCGACCCUGAAUUC